AUUCCUAGGUCUAACACAAUGUCGUCUGGAAAGUUCAUAGUCGUCUUCAAGAAGAACGUCACCUCCGAUACGAUUGACAAGCACGGGCAAGAGCUCAGUAAUGCCGGUGGCUCGAUUCACAACAAGUUCGACUCUAGCAUCAUGAAGGGAUUUUCUGCCACCAUCCCCGAGGCUUAUCUGCAACAGCUCCAAAGCCUCCAAGGCGAUGAGAUCGAUUACAUCGAGCCCGAUGGUAUCGUCACGACUCAGUAAUUGGCCGAACCAUGUAAUGUGACAGUGUGUGUCCACCCAAUGUGUAACAAACCAAAGGAUAAUCGGUGAUGGAGGUUGUAUGAAUGGCUGGUGAUGCCGCGAUCAACCAGAUAGACUGCUUGUAUUAUUGUGAUUCUAUUCAUUGCGAUGAUAAUCUUUGACUAGUUG